AUGGAACCAAACGAGAACCUCUCACUUAAAGAGUUGACUCUUAAAACAACCAUCCUGUUGGCGCUUACGUCUUCAGCCAGGGCUCACGAACUCGCAGCAUUGCACUUGGAUUAUGUAUCCCAAAAGGAGAACGGUUGGGAGUUUGUAAUACCUAAACAUGUAAAGAAUUCUCGGCCGAAUCACCCAGCACGAAAGAUUUAUCUUCCAUCCUUACCAGAAAACCAAAAGAUUUGUGUUAUUGAGAGUCUGAAACAGUACGUUAAUCGAACUGCUCGUAUUCGCAAGGACCAGCAACUACUGGUGUCAUAUACCUCACCACACUCGGCUAUUGGAAGUCAGACUGUAUCACGCUGGAUACGCACUGUAUUGUCCAAUGCAGGUAUUGAUGCUCAGUACACGGGUCAUUCUACGCGGGCUGCCGCAACAUCAAUGGCUGCCGAGAGCGGUGUUCCUCUUGAGGAUAUCAUAGCUGCUGCUGACUGGUCUUCUGCAACAACGUUCGAGAGAUUUUACCACAAGGCUAUCUCAAAGGAUAAGUUUGUUAAAAGUAUUUUGGCCCCGGACAUACAAAAAUGA